CACGACGUUGCCAGCACAUGGAAUCAUGGACGGACGAUAUCACCAUUCGCCCUCAAAGUCUCCUGCGAAUCAGCACGAUAUCUUAGUUUUUGGAACCAGAAGAUGCCCUGCCCCGCUCGCACAUUCAAGAGCCACUCACCUCUCCGGAAAAUCAAAGCAGGGUCUCCUGUAGCUAGUUUCUCCCUCGACCAGAGGGUCACUCACCCUGGUGCCUAUAUAAACAACGAUCAGAUCUCGCACCAGUAUAGCAAGUAGUAACACACAGACAGUAGAUAAGAAUGGGUUUCAGUGAGGCACAGGAAGAGCUUGUCCUCCGUUCAUGGAAAGCCAUGAAGAACGACUCCGAGUCAAUCGCUCUUAAGUUCUUCCUCAGGAUCUUUGAGAUCGCGCCGGGCGCCAAGCAGAUGUUCUCCUUCCUGCGCGACGACGCCGGCGGCGACGCGCCCCUGGAGAACCACCCCAAGCUCAAGGCCCACGCCGUCACCGUCUUUAUCAUGGCUUGCGAGUCCGCGACGCAGCUGAGGAGCACCGGCGACGUGAAGGUGAGGGAGGCCACCCUGAAGCGGCUGGGCGCGACGCACGUCAAGGCGGGCGUCGCUGACGCGCACUUCGAGGUCGUCAAGACGGCGCUGCUGGACACCAUCAGGGACGCGGUCCCGGAAAUGUGGACGUCGGAGAUGAAGGCGGCGUGGGAGGAGGCCUACGACCAGCUCGCCGCCGCCAUCAAGGAGGAGAUGAAGAACGCCGCCGCCAGCACCACGGAGGAGGCGAAGGACGCCGCCGCCAACACCACGGAGGAGGCGAAAGACGCCGCCGUGGCGUGAUGGUUCCUAAAUGUUCCAAUGCUCGUCGCUAGCUACCGUGGCACGUACGCACACGCACCGCUGCGUGACUAAACGCGCGUUGAUAAUGAUGGGUGCUUUUGGACUGCUACUACUACUGUUGCAUUUUUUGUUUGUUAACCACGUCAUUGCGAUGAUGGAUAAAACGUUCAAAAAAAAGAGUGGAAUUUGACUGUUUUUUUUAUC